GUAAUGAGAGACGGAAUGGGGAGAGGGGGCACUUCUGUGGUCGCGCCGUGCUGCCCUUAGAAUGAGCGGGCUGCGGCGGCGUCACCUCCUGCGUCACUUCCGCCCACUCCAGAACUCGUCAGCGAGGCAGUGGGUGUGGAGCUCCGUUCCCCGCGCUGGUCCCGGGCCAUCCGCCUGCUAGGCGCCUGAGAAGGGCUAUGUGCCAGAUGCUGUGAUAGACACUGGGGAUAAAGAGACACAAAUGAAGCAAUCUCAGUGUUCAAGGAGCUUACAUUCUGUCAAGGGAGACAACAGGAAGUGUUUGUUCUGCUGUCUGAGAAGCUUCACAAAUUUCAGUUUUGUCUGUUCCUUGGUUGCAGUAAAAGGUUCAGUGGAGUAAUUGUGUUUAUUUUAAAAAUACGAUUUAAAAAUGGCUUCCAAAAAAGCAUUAGUCAUCCUGGCUAAAGGAGCAGAGGAGAUGGAAACCGUUAUCCCUGUUGACCUAAUGAGGAGGGCUGGAAUGAAAGUCAUUGUUGCAGGUCUUUCUGGAAAGGACCCUGUACAGUGUAGUAGAGAUGUACUCAUUUGCCCUGAUGCCAGUCUAGAAGAUGCAAAAGAACAGGGACCAUAUGAUGUGAUAGUCCUACCAGGAGGUAAUCUGGGUGCACAAAACUUGAGUGAGAGCCCAGCUGUGAAAGCCCUGCUGAAAGAACAAGAGCAAAGAAAAGGCCUCAUCGCUGCUAUCUGUGCAGGACCUACAGCUCUCUUGGCUCAUGAAAUACGUUUUGGAAGCAAAGUUACAACCCAUCCACUGGCCAAGGACAAGAUGAUGAAUGGAAAUCAUUAUACCUACUCGGAGAAUCGUGUGGAAAAGGAUGGCAUCAUUCUUACAAGCCGUGGUCCUGGAACCAGCUUUGAGUUUGGCCUUGCGAUUAUUGCGGAACUGAUGGGGAAAGAAGUAGCAGAUCAAGUGAAGGGUCCUCUUGUUCUUAAAGAUUAAAGAGAAAAGCUUUCUUGAUAAUAAGCUUAACAGUUCCUUAGAAAUCACUAAUAUUUAAAAUUUUUGAAGUUUGAAAAGCAGUGUAACAUGAGAUCAUUUGAAGUGUAAUUGUACUCAAGGAUUACAUAAUGUACCAAUUGCUUUUCACUGAUUUAUGUUCAAAUUAAAGGAAAACUUAGAAAAAUGUUUCCCUGCUUGAUAAUGUGACUUCAUUGGCAAUUGCCGGAGAGACUGAAGACAGCUGGAUGCACAUGUGGCUACUGCUCAAUCUCACACUUUCCUCUACACCCAGUGCUGAACUUUGUUGACCAAAUAAAAUAGGACAUUUGGUAAAUAA